CGCGAAGUUGCGCUUGCGGAGCCAACGAUGGAUGUUUGUCUGGUUGUCAAAAUUUUUCAUUCAAGCAGUAGUCUCUCUGCAGUGCAGUUAUGUUUCGUGUCGUUAGUUUUCCUGUUCUUCCAGAUUUUAGAGUUUUCCCCGACCGGGACCAUAGCGGAACCUAUUAGGAGAGUACGGUGACAACUAUUGUGAACAGUUUAUUAAUGGAUGAUGGUGCUUUCGUUGAUGCCAUAACGUCGUCGCGGGUGUGGUUUAUAUCGUCGAAUCCCAGCUGAUCUUGACAAAACAAAAUUGCAAACGUUCAGGCUGUUCAGAGGUUCUCAAUGUCGCAGAAAUGUGCUGGCCUUGGUGACACUUUACACAACCUGCUGAAUGUUAACUCCGUAGCGGGGGUGCGCGCGACAACGAAGAGUACGUGCGGAAAAAUGGCAAACGACCUCAGUGUAAUUCAGUGGACCAGGGAGAACGUGGCAGAAUGGGCACGAAAGGAGUGUCUAAAUCGGAAGAUUAUCGAAUGUAUAGUGAAGGAAGAUAUCGACGGGAAGUGCUUGCUGACGUUGUGCGAAAAUGAUAUCAAAAGCUUACGGGAAAAAUAUGCUUACGGGCUCACGUUAGGGGAAAUGAAGCGGUUUUGGUUUUCGGUGAGGCUUGUCCAGAAGCAGAAUCUCACGACAUUGGCCUAUUUGGGAAUGCUUCCAGCGAAUAACGGCGGUGAAGGGGGUGGUCACCAUCACCACCAUCAUUCCCUGUUGUCCAGUUUGGGGACGAGUUAUGCAUCGGCGGAUAUUAAUUUCAGUGAAAUUGAACGCAUUUCGCCUCCGAUGUCGAUAGACGGUCGGGCCACUUGUAUACAGCCGGAAUUUUUCAAGACAAUGAUAAGCUUAGGUUAUGCUUUCCUGGUUACGUGGAUAACCGCCUUCGUGAUGGUGGUCGUGCACGAGCGGGUGCCGGACAUGAAGAAAUACCCCCCUCUUCCCGAUAUUUUCCUCGAUAACGUUCCGCACAUUCCCUGGGCUUUCCACAUGUGCGAAGUUACCGGCACGCUCCUGUUCGGCAUAUGGGUCUGCGUUCUGAUAGUACAUAAGCAUCGAAUGGUAUUAUUACGGCGCUUUUUUGCGCUAGCCGGCACCGUGUUCCUGCUCCGUUGCGUGACGAUGCUUAUUACGUCAUUGAGCGUACCGGGAACGCAUCUGGAGUGUACCCCGCACGAUCAUAAAUUCGACGAUAGCUCUAGUAGUGCGAGGAUUACGGAAAUGGUCUAUCUGCGCAUCAGCCGAGCCUACACCAUCUGGAGCGGUUUGGGAAUGUCGAUCCAGGGUGUGCGGACGUGCGGCGACUAUAUGUUCAGCGGCCACACGGUGGCGUUGACAUUGCUCAACUUUUUCAUUACUGAAUAUACCCCUCGUAAUUUGUACUUUCUGCACACGCUGACCUGGCUCCUCAACAUGUUCGGAAUAUUUUUCAUACUGGCCGCACAUGAACAUUACUCAAUCGAUGUGUUUGUUGCCUUCUACAUUACUUCCAGGCUGUUUCUCUACUAUCAUACUUUGGCUAAUAAUCAGGCUCUUAUGUCUCAUGACUCCAACCGUACGCGCAUCUGGUUUCCCAUGUUCAGCUAUUUCGAGAGUUCUGUCGAUGGCAUCAUUCCAAAUGAUUACGACACGGUAAACGGAGUGCUUCACAAGCUGUUCGAAUGUGUUUUGUACGUGAAGGAUGUCUGCAUGCUGACGGCCCGGCGCUUCUGGAUAGCUCACGGCAACAUUGAAGCACUGAGGGAGAAGCACAAGCACCUGCUGAACGCCAAUACUCAGCUGUUAUUUCCGAAUAAUUUGGUACCAUCAGGAGGAUCAACGGCAACCGCACCAGAUGGGAAGCCCGCCAAGUGUAACAAUAUUAACGCCGAUUCCAACGCCAGUAUGAAGCGGAAAUCAUUUAGUAACUCUCCGAUGGAGAAAGAGUUUUCAGGAUCAGAACCUGAAAAAGCUAACGACUCAAACAAAAAAGAACUGUAAAUAUGUUAUGAUAAGAUUCCUUCGCAUUCUUGUUUUAAGGAGAAUAAGUUACUCGCUGUUUCCUAAAGGUAUGGCUUUAAUGUUAGAAAUUGUUUCUGUUGCCGAGCUAUGAACAGUUAAAUAAGUUAUUUGUUAAAGUAGAAGUCAUUGUUGCUACAUCUUCAGUACUCAAACUAUUUAAACCAUCAAGAAAGUUAUCAUAUUAUUUAUUAUAAUUGCUGUAAUAUAGAGAUAGGUAUGUGAUAUUAUUUGGAAAAAAUAGGAAACACAAAAAUGUUAAUGUUAGCAAACUGAAUCAGUAUCAGUUGUCAAUAUCAAAGUGAAUGAUCUCUGCAGAAUUCUUUUUGCAUAAAAUAGACUUCCUCUAAUCAUAAAUUUAUAGCGCAAGUAACUUGUCCUCUAUUUUGAAAUUCAUUCCGUCAUUCGGCACUCGUCACCGUAAAUCUACGUUAAUCCCUCUAGACACGGUAAGACCGGUACAUUUAAUAAUAGCGUCAUGAUUGUGUACAGAUAUGUGCUACACAGUUGAAAUUUGCUCUUUUAUUUUUCACAAUUUUUAACAAUCAAUAUUCACGCCGGUGUAUUUGGUGUGCACCAUUUUGUCAGAUUGAAGUGACAUUUCGAAAACUCAAAUAUCCAUCUAUUAGUUGCACCAACUGAAUGAAUUUGCUCUUACGUUUGCUACAUGUUUUGAUCCUCCUACUUCUCCAUACUAGGCAGCUCUUUCCCAAUUUUCUCUUAAGGCUUGAUUUCUUUAUUGCAUUGAUCACCGCUUCAAUUAAACCAAUAAAAAAUUAGGAUCGUUUUGAUCAACGUGUGACUUUAUCGAAAUUAAUUUAUUGAUUUUUUCGGUGAAAAUUAUACUACUCAAAGUGAAAGGGAGUAGAUAAAAAAAUGAAGAUUCGAUUGACACCGCAAGCGAGCGGCAAGUGUAAAAUUAAUAGAAACUGAAGAUUAGCAGAGGACCGAUAUGUAAGAACAAGCAUUGUCGAAAUCACUGUUAUUCUUCUCUGGGACAUUCUGCCUAACGUCCACCCAAGGAAGACUUGGAUAGUGACGUGGUGAUCAAUGUACCAAGAUAGGCAGAAAUUAUAGCGAUUUCAACCAGCUAAUAAGCUGUUCGGCAAGCGUAAACAGUUCUAUUGAUUCGUGGCUUAUUUUCAGAGAUUCAUACAAAAGCACGCUAAAACUCUUCACGUAUAUCUCUCGCAAGCCAAUACUUCGUCCAAAUUGAAAACGUCACUAUCCAAGCCGUUCCUGGGUAGACGUUAGGCAGAAUAACAACGAUUUCAACAAUGCUUGUUCCUUCUGGUCCUCUGCUAAUCGUCAGUUUCUAUAUAUUUCACACUUGCCGCUCGUUUGUGGUGUCAGCCGUAUAUGUAUCAUCAUUACUUUCAUCUACUCCUUUUCGCUUUGAGUUUGUCAACGAAAAUAAGCAAUCGAUGAAUCAAAAUAGCAAAAAAAAAACAGCAUACUUCAGUAAACAACAUCUUCACACAUUUAAUGGUUUUAAUGACGAACAUUACAUUUGGACAUGUUAGAAUUCGACAAAAAUAUUUUAAUUCAUUGUUUCCAUUUUCUUCAAAUUUUACAAAUUUUUAAUAAAGUGCCAAUAUUCCAAUCAGAGAAAAAUACCAUUGCUGAGCUUCGUUCACGCCGUUGUAGCAAAUAUAAUAAACGGAAAUAAGCACUUAGAUUUACUCGCAAACCGUGUCUAAAGGGGUGAUAUAUACUAAGUUCAGACUAAGAGCUUGUUAUAUAUAAUUAAGCUCUCGAGACGAUGAUAAAGGUCUUGUCCCAAUUUUAUAACGCUGUUUUAUGUGCGUAGUAUGAACAUAAACUAAAUAUACUCUAUAAUAUAUGAUAAAGAAUCUUGGGCUAACACAUUAGAGCAAUCAAAGUUCCACUCAGAAAACAUUAGACACUAGUAUUACAUUUUCAAUGCAAUUGAUGACUUUAUACAAACCAGGGCAACAUAAACCAAAAUACAUGAAACAAAAUCUUUCCUCCGAGCCUACUGAACAAAAGUUAAUAAUUAUGUUGAAGAGUGAAAACCAGCAUCUAUCAACAGUUGAAUACACACCCAUCAGUUACUGUUUUGUAUUAAAGAAAAUAAAAGUUUAUCAAGAGUCUAGUCCAUAAACUAUUUAAUACAAAAAAGAACAAUCUAUUGGAAAUAUUGGAAAUGUGCAACUCUCGUUCUAGGACUUUUUACAUUCUUCCAUCAUAUACAUUAGGAUUUUUUACGAAAACUAGCAAACGUACUAUCUUCCCGUAAGCUUACCAACCAAAUAGAAACCAAACGAUAUGUAAAAGCAGAAGGUUAGUACCAUUUUCUACGAACCUAAAUAUAGAACCUUUGACGCACAUUUGAUAUAACUUAUUACAGUAGAACAGACUUUUUUCCUUUCCAUUUUUUAAUAACAUUGUAUGUUAAAAUUACAAAUAGAUAUAACGAGCAAAAAUUUUUGAAAUUGAGGUUAAACUAUUCAAAACAACAAAAAAAACUGUGGGAUAAAUAAAAAAUGCUUAUGGGAUAAAUAAUA